UUAAAAAAAAAAAAUCCUAUAUUCUCCUCGUCAAGUCAUCGCUCUGCUCCACAGGAAGGGGGAAGAGAGAGGAAGAGGGAGAGAUGGAAGGGAUCACGCAUCGGACGGUGGCGGUGAACGGGAUCAACAUGCACAUCGCGGAGAAGGGGGAGGGCCCGAUGGUGCUUUUCAUCCACGGCUUCCCGGAGCUCUGGUACUCGUGGCGGCACCAGAUGGUCGCCCUUGCCGCCCGCGGCUACCGAGCGGUCGCCCCCGACCUCCGCGGCUACGGCGACACCGACGCCCCACCUUCCACCACCGACUACACCAUCUUCCACCUCGUCGGCGACCUCGUCGCCCUCCUCGAUGCCCUCGCCCAAGACCAGGUGUUUGCGGUGGGGCAUGACUGGGGGGCGGUGGUGGCGUGGUGGCUGUGCAUGCUGAGGCCGGACAGGGUGCGGGCGCUGGUCAACAUGAGCGUGGCCUUCAGCCCCCGCCAUCCGGCUCGUCGGCCGGUCGACUCGCUCAAGGCUUUAUUUGGAGACGACCACUACAUCUGCCGCUUCCAGGAACCUGGAGCAGCAGAAGCUGAAUUUGCUCGUAUUAAUACUGCAUUGCUACUUAAGAAGUUCUUAACAUAUCGCAAGCCAGCACCACUCCUUAUUUCUAAGGAAAAAGGAUUUGGAGGUUCCCCUAAUACUGAGAUCACCUUGCCUUCAUGGUUGACAGAAGAAGAUGUAAACUAUUACACUAGCAAAUUUGAGAAGUCGGGAUUUACUGGAGGAUUAAACUACUAUCGGUGUCUGAACUU